AUGAAGAAUAGUACUGAAGUGACACAGUUUAUAUUCCUAGGAUUAACCAAUGACCCAGAACUGCAGGUCCCUCUCUUUGUAAUAUUUACCCUCAUCUACCUCAUCACUCUGAUUGGGAAUUUGGGGAUGAUCAUGUUGAUUCUCUUGGACUCUCGUCUCCACACUCCCAUGUACUUUUUCCUCAGUAACCUGUCUCUGGUGGACUUCGGUUACUCCUCAGCUGUCACUCCCAAAGUCAUGGCUGGGUUCCUUAUAAAAGACAAGGUCAUCUCCUACAAUGCAUGUGCUGCUCAGAUGUUCUUUUUUGUAGCCUUCGCCACUGUGGAAAGUUACCUCUUGGCCUCAAUGGCCUAUGACCGCUUUGCAGCAGUGUGCAAACCCCUACAUUAUACCACCACUAUGACGACAAGUAUGUGCGCACGUCUGGUCAUAGGCUCCUAUGUCUGUGGUUUCCUGAAUGCCUCCAUCCACACCGGGGACACUUUCACUCUCUCUUUCUGUGACUCCAAUCUGGUACAUCACUAUUUCUGUGAUAUUCCAGCAGUCAUGGUUCUGUCUUGCUCUGAUAGACACGUUAGUGAGCUGGUUCUUAUUUAUGUAGUGAGCUUCAAUGUCUUUUUUGCUCUUCUGGUUAUCUUGAUAUCCUACACAUUUAUAUUUAUCACCGUCCUAAAGAUGCACUCAUCUGCAGGAUAUCAGAAGGCUCUAUCCACCUGUGCCUCCCACCUCACUGCAGUCUCCAUCUUCUAUGGGACAAUCAUCUUCGUGUACUUACAGCCCAGCUCCAGCCAUUCCAUGGUCACAGACAAAACGGCCUCCGUGUUCUACACCAUGAUCAUCCCCAUGUUGAACCCUGUGGUCUACAGUCUGAGGAACAAAGAGGUCAAGAAGGCUCUCAUGAAGGUUGUUUUGGAGGCAAAAUUAUCUCUAGGAUUGUGA